GCACAACAGACUACACAUGACAACAAAUUAUCAGCAUUGCUUGAAAUAUCUUAUACCGUCAGUCAAAUAGUAGUCGUACACCGAUGAGAUCCACAAUCUCGGUGGAUGUGGAUCGCGGAACAUUCGGCGAACCUUUUGCUUAAGUAUCUUCGAGCACCAUUUCCGCGAAUCGGAUACAAAGCUUGCCCCCGUAAUACGCUUGAUCGUCGAUAUGGAAUGCGUCUCGUUAAAUCUAGUAUCAUUACGAUACUUGUGAUCUCAAAAUGGUCGGACAAGCCCCUUUGUCAGCCAGUGUGCCUCUCACUUCAUGGUUCACGAACCGGGAUCCAGCUGAACGCCAAUUCGGUGAGGUCCAAAUUCUAUCUCCCUCCGAGCUUAUGCAUCUGAACUUCAGGUAUUGCUUGAAUCUACGUAGACCGUUACCCUAACAAUGCAUGUUGCGGAUCGGAAUUGUCACUGUACUCCAAAAUGAUCAUUCGGACUAUUAUCGAUUCGUUUCGGGGGACCGACUUCGAUAUACCGCAAGAGCAACGAGCAUGUUCGCACCUUUAACAUAGCGUAUAGCAUAUGGAAAUAUUGCAUAUGGAUGUUGAAGGACUGAAAAGAUGACUAAAGUGCAGAAUUCCUAUGGCAUAACUUCUGUAGUUGUAUCAAACGAUAGUCAAGCUUCAACUUUGUCUUGAGAAAUUUCUGGCGUCAUACAUCAAACUCAGCGACAUUCCAAGUUCCAUCUAGCAUGGUUUCUUCUAGCGACGAACCGAUUGCCGUGGUAGGCAUAGGCUGUCGGUUUCCUGGCAAUUCAACGAACCCCUCAAAGUUGUGGGAUCUUUUGAGUGAGCCAAAAGAUGUGCUCACCAAGAUUCCAGUGGAGAGGUUUAAUCCGGAGGGAUUUUAUCACCCUGAUGGAAUGCAUCACGGUACUACAGAUGUCAAGGAAUCUUAUCUGCUUUCAGACGACCAUCGCCAUUUUGACGCACAAUUUUUCAACAUUAACCCACUAGAAGCUAAUUCGAUGGACCCCCAACAGCGACUACUUCUAGAAACCAUCUAUGAGUCUCUUGAAUCCGCUGGUCUCCCCCUUGAGAGUCUCCAAGGCUCCCCAACAGGAGUCUUCGUUGGGUUGAUGUGCGAAGAAUAUAGUAACCAUCUCCUUCGCGACCCUGAUACAACUCCAAGUACGCCGGUCAUGUCAUUCUCUAUUUCAUUUUCAGCUGCUAAUUGUAACCAGUAUAUAUGGCUACUGGUACAGCAAGGAGUAUCAUGUCAAAUCGAAUUUCAUAUUUCUUUGAUUGGCAUGGCCCUUCUAUGACUAUUGAUACCGCCUGUUCAUCCAGUCUUGUUGCGGUUCAUCAAGCUGUCGGUGCUCUCCACGCUGGAGAGUCUCGGGUAGCAGUCGCUGCUGGUUAG